AUGCCCGGCAAGAUCAUACCCGUGACGUCGUCUUCGCACUUCUCCCAGCUCCUCUCGCAGUCGACAUACACGGUUGUCGACUUCUACGCCGACUGGUGUGGGCCAUGCAAAGCAAUCGCGCCCGUCUUCCAAGGCUUGGCAGAGAAGGAGACCAAGCCUGGCAAGAUGCAGUUCGUCAAGGUGGACGUGGACAGUCAACAGGAGGUUGCAAAGAAGUACGGCGUUAGCGCUAUGCCAACUUUUCUCAUCAUCAAAUCCUCAUCUGUAGUCGACACCAUUCGCGGCGCCAACCCUGCCGCCCUCACAGCCGCCGUCCGCAAAGCUGCCAGCGACACAUCUGGCCCAGGUGCCGCCUCUGCUGUUUUCCAGACCAAGGGUCGUACACUCGGCUCAGCUUCCGAACCUAGCCGGCCCGUCGGCGAGAGCCUGUUUGCCAAUCUACAAAGGAUGCUGCUCGGGAACGGCGGACUGAGCGACUUGGUCGUGAGGUUCGCAGCGCUGUACUUUGUCAGCUUGUUCGCCUUCGAUUCAUACAAAGCCGCAGAAGAGAGUCCCUUCAACGUCCCCAUGAUAUACCACUCAAGUAUCUUAACACUUGAUUUCUUCUCUGCGCCAAGCAUCAAUUCGCCAGAUCCGCCGACCAUGCUAUCCACAAAUUCAACACACUUCACGCCCGAAAAGUACGAUGACGCCUGGGAACGUGUCGACCUUGAGAGGAGCUACAAGAAUCUUUACAGUGAGUAUACCUUUCUUUCCGUGCAGCUUUCACGCGCCACCCGCCCUUUCGGAAGAGAGCGUACGAUCCACAACCUACUGAAUGCACGACUAAAACUUGAGCAUGAUCUCAAAAGCCUCAAAAACAAGUAUCAAGAGGAGCAAACGGACUUGCAGCGUAAUCAAGCAGGGUUGAAGAAUGAGCCUCAAACGGACGAAGUAAAUUACGACAUUGUAGCGGAACUCCGCAAGGAGCUCCAGAGUAGCAAAGAUACACUCGAGGAUGUUUUGAAUGGGAUCAACCAAUCCCAAGACACUAGCGGAACGGUCCGACUCAUGAAUGAUAUCGUGCAGUUGCGAGUUGAGAAGAUUAAGCUGCUUGAGCGGCUGACAGACUUGGAAAAGAAGAAAAGAGAACUGGAGAAAGUGAUUGACAAAACCGAAAUUGGGAACUUGUUGCGACAUAUACGGCUAGAUGAGGAGGAAGAUGAAGACAAGGCGCAGCUGCGAUUGUUGCUCAACCAAUCUAUGGACGAAUGUGAAACAUUGAAGAAGCGAGUCGAAUAUUAUGCAGAGCUUCUGGGUUGA